UUACCACUUGCCCUCUCGGCUUACAUAUGGAGCUCUCUAUCCGAACGGAACCUGGAGUCCUGGACUGACGGCUGACGUCAUAAAUAAUGUGGUCAACAUUACUUUUCCUGCCGUUGUUAGGACAGCCGAACGGGACGAGUUACUAGACCCAACGUCGCCCUUCUACGUGACUCCGGUUAAAAUUCUCGCUGGCCGGAACCAAACGCGCGAAAGCAACAUGGCUGGUUACCUGUUGACUUUUGAUCCUCAAGUAUGGGCGCUGCUCUUGGUGUUCUUGGCCCUGCUGAGCAUCGUGUUCGCCGUCUUGGACGUGACACAACGCAACAUGCAAGGGCUACGGUCCACACCACUCGAAUCCUGGAACGAACAUUUCUGGAUGCUAUUCGAGAACAUGUUCUGUGAAGCCUCCGCAAGAAUGCCCGAAACAACGGUUCUGCGUAUCCUCAGCGCCGUCUGGUGGAUUGCCAUCGUGGUGCUAAUGAAUGCUUUCGCCGGCCAAAUGCGUGCCUGUCUCUUGGUUAAAUCCGAACGGCCGAGAAUAAACACGCUGGCCGAUAUUGCUGCGAGGCCUCACCUGAAGGUUUAUAUUCUGAAAAACACUGUGGCUACCCGUUACAUAGAGUGGUCUCAAGGAGCAGCCGAGAAGAAAGUGUGGAGCAUGAUUCGCCGCCACGGGACCGACCUCUACGGCUUGUUGCGCUACUCGGAUGAGAUGCUGACCGAAAUUGUCCAGGAGAAAGCGGUGAUGAUACACGUCGAAUCAAAUUCUCGAGCCGAGGCAGGCCACUUCUGCGAGGACGGUCCCACGGGAGAGUUCUACUUGGGCACGGAGAUCAUGUACACCCUGAUGCCCGGUGGCUACAUGAACCGAGGAUUGAAUUACAGCCUUCGACGACGGAUUAAGAGAAUUGCGACGGCUUUUCGAGAGAGUGGAAUUGCGGAUUUAAAGUACACGAAGGCCAUGUCUCCGACUGAACGUUGCAGCAUCAACGAGGAAGAAGAGCAGCUCAAGAUGCAAGACAUGAUGUCCGUGUUCAACUUGUACGCUGCCUUCAUCACCGCCUGUAUUUUCCUCUUUGUGGCCGAACUGAUCACUGACCGCGGUAUCCAUGGCGUACGCUAUAGGCGACGCAUUCAGCAAAUCAAGCGUAGAGUGGCAUGGUAGAAGUUUAGUUGUCCCCCUUUUGUUUCAAGCAGGACUGCAAAGAAGAUUUAAAUCGGUAGUCCCGCCAAAUAUUACGUAGAGUCCGACACUUUCAGAUUACAAAGUGCCCAUCGGUUAAGCAUUUCUAGAUCAUUUAAAACGAAAAAAAAAAGUUUGAACCACUUUGCACCAUGAAUAUUAAGGUUAAGGUACAAGCGGGCGUUAUUUCUUUUUUCUG